ACAGAAUUUGUUUCAUUAUAAAAAUGUGACAGUAGUUCUAAAUGAUUUCAAAUAAAAAAAUAUAUGAUAAAUUGAGAAAAUAUAGGGCCCGGCAUGCUGACCUUGACCUUGUAAACAAAGAUGGCAGCUCCCAUGGGUGAGGAAACCGAGAAGAAUGAAACACCAAAUACAUCAACUGCUUUAAAAGAAAUAAAAGCUGUUUCAAGUCCAGAUAAAAGAAAUGCGUUAUUGUUUGGAGCAGCCAGUCUUUCAGUCCUGUUUGGGUUUGGUGUGUCAUUGUACAAUGCUAGAAGACGAGAUCCACUAUUUUUUAAGAAGAUGAAGUCUGAUGAUGUUGCUCCAGAGACAGGUACAAAACUGGCAUCGAAAGCAUUAGCAGUGGCAACUAUAUUGUCUGUAUCAUCGUUUGGUCUCAUGGUUAUUGGUUUCUUCAAACUACUUGGUGUAAAUGAUUUUCACGAGUUCCAUUCCAAAAUGAGAGAGUAUUUUCCAAAGAAAGAGACAAAAGGAAGAGUUCAUUUUAAAGACCUUCGAGAACUGGCUGAUUACUUAAUAAGUGAAGACAGGAAAGCUGAAUUAGCAAAAAACAAGUCUGCAAAAGACCAGUCCUGAUGAUGAUCUAUAUGUAGCUUGAGUUUUAAUUCUACAAAUUAAACUGCCAUGUGUGUGUGACUGGCAGGGGAAAGGCGUUUACCAGGAAAGUCAUUCACACCUGGAGAUGAAUAUUCCUUGGUGCGUGGUCAGUGGUAUUAUACACCCUGAUUAACAAUAGUGACAGUGCUACAUUACACAUAGUAAAAAUACAAUGGGCAGUAUGAGAAUACACAUUGUUAAUGUAUUUCUCAUAGCAUAACUUCAAAUUGCUAACAAAACUUACAGCUCUUUAUUUGUACAGGUAGAAAAAUGAAUUAAUGUUAACAUGGUUAAUGAAAGAAAUCAGUUCAACCCUAUCCCUCCUGAAGUAUUGGGAGAUAUUAUUGACUUUGUAGUUUAUAGUAUUUAGUUUUGCUCAGUUAUGUUGACUCAAGUCUGCAUCUGGAGAAAACAGUGUUCUGAUGUCAUAUGAAAAGAUGUUGUCAUCACACAAUUGGGUCUCCACUAACAACCAAUACACACCUUUGAUUUCUUAUCAAUAACUGAACAAAUCUAUGGUAGACAGUACUCAUCCUUCAUACACUAAUAUAAAAUGACAGUACAUACACUCUGAAACUGUGAAAUACUUUGGCCUACUACCUGUUUUUACAGAAUGAUUUUUCAUGGUCUGUAGAUUACCGCUUUUGUUAUAGGAGUCUUUUUAAGUCAAAGUCACAGAAAAGUCGAAACUAUUGAUAAUUGCAGAAUGCUUUGGUCCUAUCCAUCAAACUUCAUAGAAUGGUUGCAUUAUUGUCAACAGAUGACACCUACUAGCUGAGAGUCAGAAGGUUGUAAGUCAGCCUGCCAGCUUAGCUCUGUAGGAAGAGCACAGAUCUGCCGGACCAAGGAGCCUUGAGUUUUAUCCCAAGGUAACAUGACAAUUUGAUAAAACACAUUGUGUCUGAAGUCAUUUCGUCCUCCAUCUCCGACACAUGUGGAUAAGUUGGCAGUUCCUUGCAGAGAACAGGUUAGUAUGAAUCCUGAAAAAAAACUGGUAAUGUUAACUGCCCACCAUCACAUAACUAUGGAAAAACAGCAUUAACCCAAAACAGUCUAAGGUCAAAAGCCUAGGUCACUGUGACCUCGAGAUUUGAGAAGAUUCAUAUCAAUAACUAGCAUAGAUUUUGGCCUGCCGCAGUCAGAUUUCACAGAAUGUUUGAUUUUGUUCAGAAUAUGAACCCUAUUUUGGGAGGUCAAGGUCAUGGUUACCUCCAGACUGAAAAUGGUUACCGAUCCUCCUUAAGAAGGAAAUACUUGAGGAUAUGACUGUUUUAACAUUAUAGAAUGAAUGCCUGUGGUCAUCGUCUUGGGUGUCAUUAGGUCAAAAACCAAGCUAACAUUGCUAAGGGCUGAAAACAAGUCAUCUAAAACAUAAGUCAAACUUUAUAACAUAAUUGCAUGGGGCAGACAUCUCCUUGUGUUUAAGUCAGUAACUAAAGGUCAAACUCACAAUGACAUUGAUACAGAACAUGGUUUGGUAUCAAUAACUUUCGAACAUACAGUUGACUGUCUGAUGGCAGGAGACAACCCACAUUGUGUUCAGUGUGUCAAAGGUCAAGGUUGACAUGAGAAUGAAAAUAAGUGUAAACCUUUGGAUCUAAGGCCUACAGACUUCAUAGUUUAAUAUUAACUGAAAGUGUUUACACGCAUAGCAAUGAAAUUUCAUAAAGAUAUUUUGUAGUCAUUAAAUGCCUUCUGUUUUUUUUUUGUUCACAAGACCAGGUCACCAAAUCCUUGAGACUGAAAAUAAUAUAACUAUAAUAAGUUAUCUUUUUGAGCAUAUGAGCCGUGCCAUGAGAAAACCAACAUAGUGGCAAAGCCUAUUGGAAUUAGAGAAACUGUUAGUGAACAGCAUGGAUCCUGACCAGACUGCGCGGAUGCGCAGGCUGGUCUGGAUCCAUGUUGGUCGCAAACCCACUAUGUUGCUUUUCUCAUGGCGCGGCUCAUAUGUGUUUUACAAACAGCUCUUGUUUCAAGACAGAUCAGUUGAAAGCCUAAGUUACUAGUAGUAUUUCAUAAGAUGUGAUGUAAAGUGAUGUUGAAUACAAUAUACUUUUAAUGUCAGAUUGUGCAACCUUUCAGUUCAGUGUUCCCCUGAUCCUGUAGAGGGAAAGUUAAACUGUGUUGUUGCACUGAAACAAAUCAGCAGAAUACUUCAGCGAGUUACUUUCUUUGCUAACAUGUUGUAUUCCAUGUCUUGAUAAUUUCCUUAUUAUGAUAGAAAAUAUAUAAUAGUAAUUAAUUGAAAAAUGUCUGUGAUAAAGAAUAUUAAAAUUUGUAUAAGA